UUCCCAGUUUAGGAUCAAUUAAGUAAUUCUAUUCUAUUCACACUGCUUUUUUCAACUCAUAGCGCCUUUUUUACAUACAAGCCUAUGGAAAAAGGAAAAAGGAUGACGCCUUUUCAAAAAGCACUGCGCCCGACUCCUUUUUCAGUUGAAUUGUUUCAACUUUUGGUUGUUCAGGGGCAUCCUCCUCCUCAAACGUCAAAGCUAAUGCAAAUGGUUGCACUGUAUUUGCCAUUUUACCAGCCAACGUUAUCGGUAGAAAUCUAUCUGGUAGACGGCCACUGAGGCUGGGCAGGUCACCUAAUCAGUUAUUGAACAGGACACCAAAGACCUGCAAAAUGAUCGCAUUAGUUUUCUUGAACAAAUGAGCACAUAUCAGAGUCUAUAAAAACAUUCAAUGCCCAUAAACAUGUUUACUCUUCACUAAUAUGCACAAAGGGAGUUGUAGGGCUUUAGUUGUUCCCAAACCUGUUUUUAAUGUAUAAAGAGAGCUGCCUGCCUCAGCCUUCCACUCCAUCUGCAGCUCCGUCGAGUCUUCAGUUCUACUCUUAAACAUGUCAGCCCAGCCAGAACCAUGCAUGACAAACCUGAAGGAAGCCGUUUUCCUCCUGAUUGGGACCUACAAUAAAUAUGCCAGUGUUGAGGGCUGUAAGAAGACCUUAAGCAAGAACGAGUUCAAGACUUUGAUACAGACGGAGAUGCCUGAACUGCUCGAGAAGUCAACGUGCGAGGUUGGGAUCAACAAGCUGUUCACAGACUUGGACCAGAACGGAGAUAAUGUGGUCGACUUCCAAGAGUUUGUUUCGGCCGUAGCUGAUCUUGCCUGUUGCUACCACGAGCUCUGUCCCAAUGAGUGAACACUUCGUCCGCACCCUUGGGUGGGGCCAAAUGACACAAAUGAAAUCCCUGUGGUGACUGUUUUCUUAAACAACUGAAUAAAAAUCACUAACUUACCAUUUACAUGCC